CGACCCCACCAAUUGGCUUGGUGUGCAAUUGAUCAGAAACACUUAACUAAUUGGUAAACUGUGUAAUGAACUUUUUAACCCCGUGUGGACAAAGAGCUUUAUUAAAAUGCCUGAAACUGACUGACCUCUUGGCUCCAUGAGCCCUAAUCACAGUACAAUUGAGCAUGUCUAAGACCUUUUAUGUAUUCUUAUCGGUCUUUGAGUUUAACUAGUCUACAGACUCUACUAAUCACCAAUGCAUGGCUCUCUACUGAGCUGGUCUGUGCACAAUCACUAAUGGGAAUGCUUGACAAAUGUUUAUUUAUUGUCUAAGGUAAGUCUUGUGUUGGUUUUACAUAUGCCUAUGUCUGCACAACUACUGUACCAUACAAUGCCUUCACGACUGUACAUCAAUUACAUACACGUUGGUGAAAGGUUGGUGGUAGCCAUUUUCUAAUUUGGCAGCAGCUAGCAUGAUGGUAUUCAGGCAGGAACCCUCACUUUUGGUGACAAGGCUUUUAUUAUUUUUAUGAAGAUGUUACAACACUUUAUGAAUCAAUUAGUUUAGUUCUAAGCCUUAUGGAAAUACAUUUUUACAACAACAAAUAAAAUCCUACUGAAAACAACAUUCUUUAGUAGAAGCAUUUUAUGGACUAGCCUGUACUUUUUUACCUUUCAUCUCGGACGCAAGGGACACACUGUAUUUUUUAUUUCAGAAAGCUCUUCAUUUUUCUUCUUGGACAAGGUAACAAACUUCUUGGUUGUGUAAUUUAGGGUACCGUACUGGGCUCUAAAUGUGGCUGCCGUUCGAGAUGAUGAUUGAGAGGUGUUUCGUUGCAAGACGAAGUUCAGGUACCAAAUCCCCCAGACUGUAGAGAAUUCCUCCCCGUCGUCCUCUCUCUCUUCUCGCAUUGGUGUCCCUGAAAGCUAUCCUUGCCAAGCUGUGGAACUUGUCCUUCAAUUUUUCCUUGAUUUGCUAGCUAGAGGCCCAUCCCUUAUCCACCUGGCUAAGCAACUUGUCCUUCAAUUUUUCCUUGAUUUGCUAGCUAGAGGCCCAUCCCUUAUCCACCUGGCUAAGCAACUUGUCCCUCAAUUUCUCCCUGACUUGCUAGAUGAUAGCCCAGCCCCAAUCCUGUAUUGAUAGAUGAUAGCCCAGCCCCAAUCGUAGAACUGAUAGAUGAUAGCCCCUAUCCUAGAACUGGUAGAUGAUAGCCCGGCCCCAAUCCUAGAACUGGUAGAUGAUAGCCCAGCCCCUAUCCUAGAACUGGUAGAUGAUAGCCCAGCCCCAAUCCUAGAACUGGUAGAUGAUAGCCCCUAUCCUAGAACUGGUAGAUGAUAGCCCAGUCCCUAUCCUAUAACUGGUAGAUGAUAGCCCCUAUCCUAGAACUGGUAGAUAAUAGCCCAGCCCCUAUCCUAGAACUGGUAGAUGAUAGCCCAGCCCCUAUCCUAGAACUGGUAGAUGAUAGCCCCUAUCCUAGAACUGGUAGAUGAUAGCCCAGCCCCUAUCCUAGAACUGGUAGAUGAUAGCCCCUAUCCUAGAACUGGUAGAUAAUAGCCCAGCCUCUAUCCUAGAACUGGUAGAUGAUAGCCCAGCCCCUAUCCUAGAACUGGUAGAUGAUAGCCCCUAUCCUAGAACUGGUAGAUGAUAGCCCAGCCCCUAUCCUAGAACUGGUAGAUGAUAGCCCCUAUCCUAGAACUGGUAGAUAAUAGCCCAGCCCCUAUCCUAGAACUGGUAGAUGAUAGCCCAGCCCCAAUCCUAGAACUGGUAGAUGAUAGCCCAGCCCCAAUCCUAGAACUGGUAGAUAGCCCAGCCCCUAUCCUAGAACUGGUAGAUGAUAGCCCAGCCCCUAUCCUAGAACUGGUAGAUGAUAGCCCAGCCCCUAUCCUAGAACUGGUAGAUAAUAGCCCAGCCCCUAUCCUAGAACUGGUAGAUGAUAGCCCAGCCCCUAUCCUAGAACUGGUAGAUGAUAGCCCAGCCCCUAUCCUAGAACUGGUAGAUGAUAGCCCAGCCCCUAUCCUAGAACUGGUAGAUGAUAGCCCAGCCCCUAUCCUAGAACUGGUAGAUGAUAGCCCAGCCCCUAUCCUAGAACUGGUAGAUGAUAGCCCAGCCCCUAUCCUAGAACUGGUAGAUGAUAGCCCCUAUCCUAGAACUGGUAGAUGAUAGCCCAGCCCCUAUCCUAGAACUGGUAGAUGAUAGCCCCUAUCCUAGAACUGGUAGAUGAUAGCCCAGCCCCUAUCCUAGAACUGGUAGAUGAUAGCCCCUAUCCUAGAACUGGUAGAUGAUAGCCCAGCCCCUAUCCUAGAACUGGUAGAUGAUAGCCCAGCCCCUAUCCUAGAACUGGUAGAUGAUAGCCCAGCCCCAAUCCUAGAACUGGUAGAUGAUAGCCCAGCCCCAAUCCUAGAACUGGUAGAUGAUAGCCCAGCCCCAAUCCUAGAACUGGUAGAUGAUAGCCCAGCCCCUAUCCUAGAACUGGUAGAUGAUAGCCCAGCCCCUAUCCUAGAACUGGUAGAUGAUAGCCCGGCCCCUAUCCUAGAACUGGUAGAUGAUAGCCCCUAUCCUAGAACUGGUAGAUGAUAGCCCAGCCCCUAUCCUAGAACUGGUAGAUGAUAGCCCAGCCCCAAUCCUAGAACUGGUAGAUGAUAGCCACUAUCCUAGAACUGGUAGAUGAUAGCCCAGCCCCUAUCCUAGAACUGGUAGAUGAUAGCCCAGCCCCUAUCCUAGAACUGGUAGAUGAUAGCCCAGCCCCUAUCCUAGAACUGGUAGAUGAUAGCCCAGCCUCUAUCCUAGAACUGGUAGAUGAUAGCCCAGCCCCUAUCCUAGAACUGGUAGAUGAUAGCCCAGCCCCUAUCCUAGAACUGGUAGAUGAUAGCCCAGCCCCUAUCCUAGAACUGGUAGAUGAUAGCCCCUAUCCUAGAACUGAUAGAUGAUAGCCCCUAUCCUAGAACUGGUAGAUGAUAGCCCAGCCCCUAUCCUAGAACUGGUAGAUGAUAGCCCAGCCCCUAUCCUAGAACUGGUAGAUGAUAGCCCAGCCCCUAUCCUAGAACUGGUAGAUGAUAGCCCCUAUCCUAGAACUGGUAGAUGAUAGCCCAGCCCCUAUCCUAGAACUGGUAGAUGAUAGCCCAGCCCCUAUCCUAGAACUGGUAGAUGAUAGCCCAGCCCCUAUCCUAGAACUGGUAGAUGAUAGCCCCAAUCCUAGAACUGGUAGAUGAUAGCCCAGCCCCUAUCCUAGAACUGGUAGAUGAUAGCCCAGCCCCUAUCCUAGAACUGGUAGAUGAUUGCCCAGCCCCUAUCCUAGAACUGGUAGAUAAUAGCCCAGCCCCUAUCCUAGAACUGGUAGAUGAUAGCCCCUAUCCUAGAACUGGUAGAUGAUAGCCCCUAUCCUAGAACUGGUAGAUGAUAGCCCAGCCCCUAUCCUAGAACUGGUAGAUGAUAGCCCAGCCCCUAUCCUAGAACUGGUAGAUAAUAGCCCAGCCCCUAUCCUAGAACUGGUAGAUGAUAGCCCCUAUCCUAGAACUGAUAGAUGAUAGCCCCUAUCCUAGAACUGAUAGAUGAUAGCCCCUAUCCUAGAACUGGUAGAUGAUAGCCCAGCCCCUAUCCUAGAACUGGUAGAUGAUAGCCCAGCCCCUAUCCUAGAACUGGUAGAUGAUAGCCCAGCUCCUAUCCUAGAACUGGUAGAUAGCCCCUAUCCUAGAACUGGUAGAUGAUAGCCCAGCCCCUAUCCUAGAACUGGUAGAUGAUAGCCCAGCCCCUAUCCUAGAACUGGUAGAUGAUAGCCCAGCCCCUAUCCUAGAACUGGUAGAUGAUAGCCCAGCCCCUAUCCUAGAACUGGUAGAUGAUAGCCCAGCCCCUAUCCUAGAACUGGUAGAUGAUAGCCCAGCCCCUAUCCUAGAACUGGUAGAUGAUAGCCCCAAUCCUAGAACUGGUAGAUGAUAGCCCAGCCCCAAUCCUAGAACUGGUAGAUGAUAGCCCAGCCCCUAUCCUAGAACUGGUAGAUGAUAGCCCAGCCCCUAUCCUAGAACUGGUAGAUGAUAGCCCAGCCCCUAUCCUAGAACUGGUAGAUGAUAGCCCAGCCCCUAUCCUAGAACUGGUAGAUGAUAGCCCAGCCCCUAUCCUAGAACUGGUAGAUGAUAGCACAGCCCCUAUCCUAGAACUGGUAGAUGAUAGCCCCUAUCCUAGAACUGGUAGAUGAUAGCCCAGCCCCUAUCCUAGAACUGGUAGAUGAUAGCCCCUAUCCUAGAACUGGUAGAUGAUAGCCCAGCCCCUAUCCUAGAACUGGUAGAUGAUAGCCCAGCCCCAAUCCUAGAACUGGUAGAUGAUAGCCCAGCCCCAAUCCUAGAACUGGUAGAUGAUAGCCCAGCCCCUAUCCUAGAACUGGUAGAUGAUAGCCCAGCCCCUAUCCUAGAACUGGUAGAUGAUAGCCCAGCCCCUAUCCUAGAACUGGUAGAUGAUAGCCCAGCCCCUAUCCUAGAACUGGUAGAUAAUAGCCCAGCCCCUAUCCUAGAACUGGUAGAUGAUAGCCCAGCCCCUAUCCUAGAACUGGUAGAUGAUAGCCCAGCCCCUAUCCUAGAACUGGUAGAUGAUAGCCCAGCCCCUAUCCUAGAACUGGUAGAUGAUAGCCCAGCCCCUAUCCUAGAACUGGUAGAUGAUAGCCCAGCCCCUAUCCUAGAACUGGUAGAUGAUAGCCCAGCCCCUAUCCUAGAACUGGUAGAUGAUAGCCCAGCCCCUAUCCUAGAACUGGUAGAUGAUAGCCCCUAUCCUAGAACUGGUAGAUAGCCCAGCCCCUAUCCUAGAACUGGUAGAUGAUAGCCCCUAUCCUAGAACUGGUAGAUGAUAGCCCAGCCCCUAUCCUAGAACUGGUAGAUGAUAGCCCAGCCCCUAUCCUAGAACUGGUAGAUGAUAGCCCAGCCCCAAUCCUAGAACUGGUAGAUGAUAGCCCGGCCCCAAUCCUAGAACUGGUAGAUGAUAGCCCGGCCCCUAUCCUAGAACUGGUAGAUGAUAGCCCCUAUCCUAGAACUGGUAGAUGAUAGCCCAGCCCCUAUCCUAGAACUGGUAGAUGAUAGCCCAGCCCCAAUCCUAGAACUGGUAGAUGAUAGCCACUAUCCUAGAACUGGUAGAUGAUAGCCCAGCCCCUAUCCUAGAACUGGUAGAUGAUAGCCCAGCCCCUAUCCUAGAACUGGUAGAUGAUAGCCCAGCCCCUAUCCUAGAACUGGUAGAUGAUAGCCCAGCCCCUAUCCUAGAACUGGUAGAUAAUAGCCCAGCCCCUAUCCUAGAACUGGUAGAUGAUAGCCCCUAUCCUAGAACUGAUAGAUGAUAGCCCCUAUCCUAGAACUGGUAGAUGAUAGCCCAGCCCCUAUCCUAGAACUGGUAGAUGAUAGCCCAGCCCCUAUCCUAGAACUGGUAGAUGAUAGCCCAGCCCCUAUCCUAGAACUGGUAGAUGAUAGCCCAGCCCCUAUCCUAGAACUGGUAGAUGAUAGCCCCUAUCCUAGAACUGGUAGAUGAUAGCCCCUAUCCUAGAACUGGUAGAUGAUAGCCCCUAUCCUAGAACUGGUAGAUGAUAGCCCAGCCCCUAUCCUAGAACUGGUAGAUGAUAGCCCAGCCCCUAUCCUAGAACUGGUAGAUGAUAGCCCCGCCCCUAUCCUAGAACUGGUAGAUGAUAGCCCAGCCCCUAUCCUAGAACUGGUAGAUGAUAGCCCAGCCCCUAUCCUAGAACUGGUAGAUGAUAGCCCAGCCCCUAUCCUAGAACUGGUAGAUGAUAGCCCAGUCCCAAUCCUAGAACUGGUAGAUGAUAGCCCAGCCCCUAUCCUAGAACUGGUAGAUGAUAGCCCAGCCCCUAUCCUAGAACUGGUAGAUGAUAGCCCAGCCCCUAUCCUAGAACUGGUAGAUGAUAGCCCAGCCCCUAUCCUAGAACUGGUAGAUGAUAGCCCAGCCCCAAUCCUAGAACUGGUAGAUGAUAGCCCAGCCCCAAUCCUAGAACUGGUAGAUGAUAGCCCAGCCCCAAUCCUAGAACUGGUAGAUGAUAGCCCAGCCCCAAUCCUAGAACUGGUAGAUGAUAGCCCAGCCCCUAUCCUAGAACUGGUAGAUAAUAGCCCAGCCCCUAUCCUAGAACUGGUAGAUGAUAGCCCAGCCCCUAUCCUAGAACUGGUAGAUGAUAGCCCAGCCCCUAUCCUAGAAAUGGUAGAUGAUAGCCCAGCCCCUAUCCUAGAAAUGGUAGAUGAUAGCCCAGCCCCUAUCCUAGAACUGGUAGAUGAUAGCCCAGCCCCUAUCCUAGAACUGGUAGAUGAUAGCCCAGCCCCUAUCCUAGAACUGGUAGAUGAUAGCCCAGCCCCAAUCCUAGAACUGGUAGAUGAUAGCCCAGCCCCAAUCCUAGAACUGGUAGAUGAUAGCCCAGCCCCUAUCCUAGAACUGGUAGAUAAUAGCCCAGCCCCUAUCCUAGAACUGGUAGAUGAUAGCCCAGCCCCUAUCCUAGAACUGGUAGAUGAUAGCCCAGCCCCUAUCCUAGAAAUGGUAGAUGAUAGCCCAGCCCCUAUCCUAGAAAUGGUAGAUGAUAGCCCAGCCCCUAUCCUAGAACUGGUAGAUGAUAGCCCAGCCCCAAUCCUAGAACUGGUAUAUGAUAGCCCAGCCCCUAUCCUAGAAAUGGUAGAUGAUAGCCCAGCCCCUAUCCUAGAAAUGGUAGAUGAUAGCCCCUAUCCUAGAACUGGUAGAUGAUAGCCCAGCCCCAAUCCUAGAACUGGUAGAUGAUAGCCCAGCCCCUAUCCUAGAACUGGUAGAUGAUAGCCCAGCCCCUAUCCUAGAAAUGGUAGAUGAUAGCCCCUAUCCUAGAAAUGGUAGAUGAUAGCCCCUAUCCUAGAACUGGUAGAUGAUAGCCCAGCCCCUAUCCUAGAACUGGUAGAUGAUAGCCCAGCCCCUAUCCUAGAACUGGUAGAUGAUAGCCCAGCCCCUAUCCUAGAACUGGUAGAUGAUAGCCCAGCCCCUAUCCUAGAACUGGUAGAUGAUAGCCCAGCCCCUAUCCUAGAACUGGUAGAUGAUAGCCCAGCCCCAAUCCUAGAACUGGUAGAUGAUAGCCCAGCCCCUAUCCUAGAACUGGUAGAUGAUAGCCCAGCCCCUAUCCUAGAACUGGUAGAUGAUAGCCCAGCCCCAAUCCUAGAACUGGUAGAUGAUAGCCCAGCCUAGCUCUAUUAACAACCAUUUCUAGUGUCCUGCCUCUCUUCAGAGGUACUCCACCAGUUCUAGUGUCCUGCCUCUCUUCAGAGGUACUCCACCAGUUCUAGUGUCCUGCCUCUCUUCAGAGGUACUCCACCAGUUCUAGUGUCCUGCCUCUCUUCAGAGGUACUCCACCAGUUCUAGUGUCCUGCCUCUCUUCAGGGGGACUCCACCAGGUCUAGUGUCCUGCCUCUUUUCAGGGGGACUCCAGUCCAUCCAUCCCAUAUGGAGCAUAUGUGGGAUGUGUGAAAUGUACUCCUCAGCCAGAAAUGUACCCACUUACCUGAGCAAAUAGCUAGCUUUUCAUGUGGUGCCGACUGGUAAGACUCUUCAGGAGAGUGGUCACGUGUGCUAGCAAGGCAGAGGUCACGAGUUUGUGCCGUUGGCCAAAUCGUGAGGAAGUGGUACUCACUAAGCAAGCAGCGUGACAUCAUCUUUACACAGAAAUAGAGCUCCUUCUGUCUAAGCAUCAAACAAACCCUCCUCUCUCUCACUUUCUAUCUCCUUGUCUUUUCUCACACAGCCAACUAGGUCCAGCACUCCAUCUGCAUGACUCCAACUGAAUCCUCUUAGAUGUGUUUGUUUCUUCUGUGUACGAGAGUGUGUGUGUGUGUCUGUCUGUGUGAGAGGGUUUGGUGUGUGUGUGGGUUUACGUCGAUCUGCACUUGUUUGUGUGAAUAUUCCCUAAAGUCGUUUCUAUGUAACUUUAAUAUGUCUUGCAUCUUUUGCAUCUGAAUACACACACUGCUGCCUGCAAGCCUCGACCAAACUCCUCUAUAAAAGGACCGAGAAUGUACAUGGUAAUAGAGCUGCAUGUCAACAGGAAGUUCAACACUGACCCACAGUAUCUGACGGGGUGCUUUUGUUUCAUCACACCUUACAGAACUUCUCUGCUGUUAGUCUUAUAGUUCUACUGGUGGUGUGACAUGUCCUGCUACCAGACCUGCCAAUAGGAAUGGUCCUAGUGUCGAUAGAGGUUAACACUGUCUACCUGCCAAUAGGAAUGGUCCUGGUGUAGAUAGAGGUUAACACUGUCUACCUGCCAAUAGGAAUGGUCCUGGUGUAGAUAGAGGUUAACACUGUUUACCUGCCAAUAGGAAUGGUCCUGGUGUAGAUAGAGGUUAACACUGUCUACCUGCCAAUAGGAAUGGUCCUGGUGUAAAUAGAGGUCAACACUGCCAACACAGAAUAUUUUCUGGUCUGUUUUUAUCUCUCUCGCUCUCCUUUCUUAAUAUCUCAAAUUAAAAAGCUUUUUUCCCCAUCUGCUAUAUCAGUACUUUUGAUCCGCUCCUUUUUUCCCCACCUGCUAUAUCAGUACUUUUGAUCCGCUCCUUUUUUCCCCAUCUGCUAUAUCAGUACUUUUGAUCCGCUCCCUUUUUUCCCCACCUGCUAUAACAGUACUUUUGUUCCACUCCCUUUUUUCCCCACCUGCUGUAUCAGUACUUUUGAUCCGCUCCCUUUUUUCCCCACCUGCUGUAUCAGUACUUUUGAUGCGCUCCCUUUUUCCCCCACCUGCUGUAUCAGUACUUUUGAUCCGCUCCCUUUUUCCCCACCUGCUGUAUCAGUACUUUUGAUGCGCUCCCUUUUUCCCCACCUGCUGUAUCAGUACUUUUGAUCCGCUCCCUUUUUCCCCACCUGCUGUAUCAGUACUUUUGAUCCGCUCCCUUUUUCCCCUACCUGCUAUAUCAAUACUUUUGAUGCGCUCCCUUUUUCCCCCACCUGCUGUAUCAGUACUUUUGAUCCGCUCCCUUUUUCCCCACCUGCUGUAUCAGUACUUUUGAUCCGCUCCCUUUUUCCCCCACCUGCUGUAUCAGUACUUUUGAUCCGCUCCCUUUUUAACUGGAAUGCAAGAUCUGAUUUCCUUUCUUCUCUCUUUCUAUCUGUUCUAUCAUGCCCCCCCC